AUUAAAAUGAAUACUAAUAUAAAUUAAAGACCACCAGCACCAAAAUUUAAUUGGAAUAUAAAUGAUCAUUCAUCAUCAGAAGAUACAAAAACCUAAAUUUCAUUAUAAAAAUCAGACAUAAGACGAUAAAAAUAAGUAAAUCUAUAAGUUGAUGAAAUGCUUGCUCACUUAACUCAUAACAAUAUUUUAAAAGGAAUAAAUAUUGAGAAUAUCAAACAUAAAUCAAUUGAACUACUAGAUAAUUAGAUGAUUGAGAAAGUAAAAUCAAAAAAAUAUUAAUCAAUAGCUUGCGCAUUGAUUAUUUAAUCUUUAAGAAUUCUUCUAAUCCCUUUGAGAAUUAAAGAAAUCGUUUAAGCAUUAGGUUGUGAUGAAAAACAAGUGCGCAAGAUAUUGAUAACACUUAAUUAAGUAAAACCUUUCGAUCAGGAUGCCUUUACUUUACAGUACAUGACCAGAAUUUGUGUUGCUUUAGGAUUUAAUCAGAGAUUUUAAACACUAUGUAGAUUCUUCUAUACAUAUUUAAAGAAUCAAAAUUUAGUAUAAGGGGAGCAUGAACAUGUCAUUGCUUCUUCAUUGGUUAAAUUAACUGGAGAUUUUCUAUUUCGAGAAAAGGGAGGCAUUAAUUUGAAUAUAAUUUCUGUGAAUGCUGGAUGUUGCGAAAUUUCACUCAAAAAUCUACUCUAAAAGUUACAACCACAUAAUCAAUUAAUGACAGAACAAGCUUAUGAGUUUUACAGAAGAAACUUUUGAAUAAUACACAUUUUCUAUUUUGUAAUUAAUAUACAUAUAUAAUAACCU